AGCAAAUCUAAAUCGCAAAAAUGUAUUCAAGUUACUCAAGAGAGGUCAUAACCGUAUAUUUGCAAGAAAUACUCUUUUCAGCUGGGGAUAGUCAAUCAAUCUGUUUAUACCGCAGUAAAAGAUACAAUAAUAUGGUUACACAAAAAGCGGCAAUAACACUAGAGGACCCAUAGACUUUAUCAGGCGCCAAGACUUUUCACUUUUGUCAAACGUUUUAUUUAUUCAAAUGAAAGAAUGUAUUAGGUCUCAGAAUGGAGGAGCUUUGCAACAAUUCCGGACACUCGGCCACUUCUAGCAGCGGAAGUAAUUCGUCGAUAUCAGCUAAAACCGCUUUGAGUGAAUGCUCCGCCGCUUGGAUAAAUUACUUGAGCGCCUUAAAUAACUUAUGUACUGCUGGCUCCAAACUGGCCCAUUCUAUAGCUGUUUUAGAGCAGUGGUCCUUGAGCGAAAAGCCAUUGUUCAAUAAUUACACGACUUCAUAUUUAACAAAUUCUUGGAACGAUUUGGCAAGAGCUACAACAGUGGCCACUGGAACAGUCAAAACUCACAUGUUGGCUUUACUGCAGGAUUUCGUCACCAUAUCGUCCAUGGACCAAUCUUCCAAUACUGAAUUGGAUCAAAAACGGUUCAGAGAACAUAACGAACUAAUUGUAUUGGAGAAUGCACAGGCUGUGAUCAAUAUUCAGCACCAAUUCUGUGCAGCCAGCUACGAUGCAUUUUCAUCCCUAACUUGUUGCUUUGUUUGCCAAUCCCCAGUCGGAUUUCCACAUGAACAAGACUGCAGUGUUAUGAAACAACGCCAUCAAUACGACCAACGAUCUCAAACUCCAUCGCCCAACCUAUGUGGGCCAAGUACAAAAAUGGAUUCAUCCAGAGGAAACUCACUGACCGAUCAACGUCCAAUUGCCCCUGGAAUUUCAGAAACUGCUGACCAGCCACGUGGACCCUCACCCCAAUUGAACUUUUGCGAUGCCAAUCCCAUGCAAGCCAUUUUUGAACACACUCGCGGUCCCUUGCCAAAUCCCGGACAACUUUUGUCCAUGAAGAUUCCAUUUCACCGGAACGUCAAAUCAUCCUUAAGUUUCCCAUUAUUUCCAUUGAACGGUCAGCGUCGAUGGUCAGAAGCUGCCGCCGGUGAGGUAAUAGACGGGAUCUCUACAGAUCCCGAAAGUCAGAUGAGGAGGUGGUCAAUGCCAUGGGAAGCAUCAAAAACUGACAGGAACACAGUGACAUGGAACCAAACCAGAAUAAUGCCAAUGAAUACUUUGAAGACAUCUUGCUAUAAAAUGUCCAGUUCUGAACGAUACACCUCGCAUAAUUCAGAUGGAAAUUGGCCAUUGGCCUCGACCAGUCAAGAUGGGCUGUUAGAAGCUAUUCAACUACUGUCCAUUAGACCGACAACCGUAAGCCAAAUAAGUCCUCAGCCGUCGAUUCUGUCGACUUCGCCAGAUGGAGCACCACUUGACUAAAUAUUAUUAAUAACUAAAAUAGAAAUAAUAAUCAAACAAAUUAUACUUUCAAUUAAUCUCAACUAGACAAAAAUAUAUGCACAUUUGAUACCUUGA